ACAGACCUGUACCGCAGCUUCAUCAAGGGCUACCCGGUCCAGUCCAUUGAGGAUCCAUUUGACCAGGACGACUGGGAGAACUGGGCCAAGUUCACCGCCUCCACAGACAUCCAGAUCGUAGGAGACGACCUGACGGUGACCAAUCCAAAGAGGAUCCAGCAGGCUGUGGACAAGAAGGCUUGUAACUGUCUGCUGCUCAAAGUCAACCAGAUCGGCUCUGUGACCGAGUCCAUCCAGGCGUGUAAGCUGGCUCAGAGCAGCGGUUGGGGUGUGAUGGUCAGCCAUCGCUCCGGAGAGACUGAAGACACCUUCAUCUCUGACCUGGUGGUGGGACUCUGUACUGGACAGAUUAAGACCGGUGCUCCCUGCAGGUCAGAGCGUCUCGCCAAAUACAACCAGCUGAUGAGGAUCGAGGAGGAGCUCGGAGACAAAGCCAAGUUUGCCGGUAAAGACUACCGCCACCCAAAAAUCAACUGAAGCUCUGCCCUGACUUCCUGUCUGUCACUGUGACAACUGACUGACAACUGACCACCCUGAAGCCCCUCCCCCCUCCAGGUGGGGUUGAGGGGUCAGAGGUCAUGGCGGGUUUGACCCCGCCUUCCUAAAAAUAAUUCCAUGAAUGAUGUUUUCUACAUAAAACACAAUAAAGACGAAAGAAAGAAA